AUAUAUACUUUAUAAGAAGAGUUAUGUGGGUCGAUAUAACGAUUCCAAACGUUCUAAGAAAAUAUGUCUACGUCUACGACUAAAAAAAUAUUUAUGUAUGAAACUACUACGUAAAUAUAUCAAAAUUAAAAUAGUGGUUUUGUACAUGACAUAUUGUUGAUAUUUAUGUGUAACUUAUCGUAGAUUGUCUAAUUUUUCUAAAAGAGUUUGUAUUUGGAUUGGUUCGGUAAUUUGAAAUUAAUUAGUGUUCCAAAAAAAAAAAAACUUCUCUUGUUCUGCUGAUUUAGGAUGUAUAAAAGUCUUUUUUUUUUUUCUAUUUUACACCACUUACGAUAGUACUUGAACAACUUUGGUUUCAUGUAUUUGGCCUAUAUAUAAGCAAACAGCCUUCUUAUAUACGCCUUUGGGAUAUUUUCGCUGUGUUAUAUAACUGUUCAACAAGUACGUCGUUUUCAAUUUUUCUAGGUAUCCAGAAUCACAUAUUCAGAUACAUCAUACAUGUAUAUGCGUGAUGAAUGAUCCACGUAAAUACAAUGUUGCAUGAGAGAGAUGUAUUGUAGUAGAAGAAAUAAGAGGAGAGGUUACUCGGGUGGAUCGAUGUGAAAAAGAAGGAAAGCGAAACCCACUGAAGCCAUUACAUGAUAUCGACCUUCUUAUCUUUUUCUUCUUUAUUUUGAAACUAUUCUUUAAUUUUUCUUAUUUUCUUUUUGUCAGAACUUUUUUAUACUUAAUGAAACCUCCAAACUAUCUAACUAAUCCAUUCCCAUGUAACUAAAUAAUAUAUAAGUUAUAUAUUAUGACAAGAUUGAAGAAGUGGUAAAUCGUAGAACCACUAUAAAGUUAUAAAUAACAAAAUAUUUUCUGUAGAAUGUAAACUGUGAAACUAGUAGGAUUGUUAUGUCCAUGCUUAAUUUGAUUGAUCAUCAGUUAGGGCUAUAGUAAAAACAAAAAAAGAACAUUCUUGAUUAGCCAAAAAGAGUUAAAGAAUAUUGUUUUAAUAAGACUCAUCUCUCCUCUCUCUAAUUAUGUCUUCACUAACCCCAAUUAGAUUCAAACAAUCUAUUCAGUCCAAAAGAUAAACAUGGGACAACAAUUCGAUGCAGAAAUAUCCUCUUUUCAUGCUCCAUUCUUUCUUUUAACUUACUAGUACCAAUUAUAAAACUCACAAAGACCACCAAACCCAUUCCCUACAACUCAUCUUCAUCAAAGAUUCACCCACUCCCACCGAAACAAAAGGAAAGAAAAUGAAAUAUAUAAACAACACACAUGAUGCUGAUGCAAUAUACAUAACAAAGUAUUAAAUCUUAGAUAUUGUGGGUCUCCCAUCUCUCUUGUCUGUCCUCUAUUCAUUUUCUUAUUCAUAUUAAAAGAGAGAAAAUGGAUACUCUCUUUAGGUUAGUCAGUCUCCAACAACAGCAACAAUCCGAUAGCAUCAUUACAAAUCAAUCUUCGUUAAGCAGAACCUCUACCACCACUAGUGGCUCUCCACAAACUGCUUAUCACUACAACCACAACAACUUCCCACCAAACGACCUUGUUGAAGAAUGCUACAACUUAUUCAUGGAUGAAGAAGACCUUUCCUCUUCUUCCUCUCAUCACAACCAUCAUCACAACAACAACCCUAAUAGCUACUACUCUCCUUUCACUACUCCCGCCCAAUACCAUCCCGCCACCUCAUCAACCCCUCCCUCCACCGCCGCAGCAGCUGCCUUGGCCUCACCGUACUCCUCCUCCGGCCACCACAAUGACCCUUCCGCUUUCUCCAUCCCUCAAACUCCUCCUUCCUUCGACUUCUCAUCCAAUGCCAAAUGGGCAGACUCGAUCCUCCUCGAAGCCGCACGUGCCUUCUCCGACAAAGACACCGCACGUGCGCAACAAAUACUCUGGACGCUCAACGAGCUCUCUUCACCAUACGGAGAUACCGAGCAGAAACUCGCUUCUUACUUCCUCCAAGCUCUCUUCAACCGCAUGACCGGUUCAGGCGAACGAUGCUACCGAACCAUGGUCACCGCUGCAUCCACAGAGAAGACUUGCUCCUUCGAGUCAACGCGCAAGACCGUGCUCAAGUUCCAAGAGGUUAGCCCGUGGGCCACGUUUGGACACGUGGCGGCAAAUGGAGCGAUCUUGGAAGCAGUAGACGGAGAGGCAAAGAUCCACAUAGUUGACAUAAGCUCGACGUUUUGUACUCAAUGGCCAACGCUUCUAGAAGCUUUAGCCACGAGGUCAGACGAUACGCCACACCUAAGGCUAACCACAGUAGUGGUCGCUAAUAAAUAUGUCAACGAUCAAACGGCGUCGCAUCGGAUGAUGAAAGAGCUAGGAAACCGCAUGGAGAAGUUCGCUAGGCUCAUGGGAGUUCCUUUUAAAUUUAACAUUAUUCACCACGUUGGAGAUUUGUCCGAAUUUGAUCUCAUCGAGCUCGAUGUUAAAUCAGACGAGGUCUUGGCCAUCAACUGCGUAGGCGCCAUGCAUGGGAUCAUGCCUCGUGGAAACCCUAGAGACGCUGUGAUAUCCAAUUUCCGACGGUUAAGGCCGAGGAUUGUGACCGUGGUCGAAGAAGAAGCUGACCUUGUCGGAGAAGAACUAGGCUUUGACGAUGAGUUCUUGAGAUCUUUUGGAGAAUGUCUGCGUUGGUUUAGGGUUUGCUUCGAGUCGUUGGAAGAGAGUUUUCCGAGGACGAGCAACGAGAGGUUGAUGCUUGAACGUGUGGCGGGACGUGCGAUAGUUGAUUUGAUUGCCUGUGAGCCGUCGGGUUCGACGGAGAGGAGAGAGACGGCGAGGAAGUGGUCGAGGAGGAUGAGGAACGGAGGGUUUGGGGCAGUGGGGUAUAGUGAUGAAGUGGCGGAUGACGUCAGAGCUUUGUUGAGGAGGUAUAAAGAAGGAGUCUGGUCGAUGGUACCGUGCUCUGAUGCCACCGGAAUAUUCCUUUGUUGGAGAGAUCAGCCGGUGGUUUGGGCUAGUGCGUGGCGGCCAACGUAAUAGGGUUGGUUUUUAUUUGAUAUAUUUGCACACGCGCGCUUGUUGGUUGAGAUAGUUUCACACGUAUGGUGAUGGUUGAUGAUGGGUUUAAAGAUUGAGAGUUUACUAUUAAUGAUAAUGCGUUCAUAAUUUGAAAAUUGCUUUUGGAAUAUAACUAAUUAAGUUAUGAUCAUUGAGGUGGAGGGUUUCAAGGAUUUACAAAUUCGUGAUUUUUGUUUUAUUUUUAAUAUAUGUUGUUUUGCUUUCUACUUUGGAUUAAAUUUUGUGAUUAGUUUGGUUUAUGUGAAAGAAUAUAAUUUUGUAUUUUCCUUUAUGAUGAAGUUAUUUUUCAUACACUAUAUCCUGAA